UACACUCAGUGUACAUGGAUAUAUUAUUUUCACCACAUUAUCCAUUUCAUUCCAAUCAAAGAGGCUUGUAGAGUUUAUAACCCUGUCUCAUUUAUUCAUGAAUUAUUCACGGUUUCCACUUGGACAGGUGGUGGAUGGCUGGAGCGUCUCCCUCACCCCUCCGCCCCUCCUCAGCUCCUGGCGGGGUCACCUGAAGGGCAUUGUUAGUCUGGAGUACGUGGAACGUUUCCGCCUCAUUGUCACCGCCAGCCUGGAUUGUAAUGUGCGACUGUGGACCAUCGCUGGCAGCUACAUAGGCACGUUUGGCCAGGCCCAGUGGCGUGUUGGAGACCACCAUGCCUUCCCCUGGGAACUGCCAGUGGACCUGAGGAGGGUUGGCUCCUGCCAGACCCUCAAAGUGCUCAACCAGGGAACACAACCCCACUGGAACUGUGCCAAACGUAUCCUGGAGACACUGACCCAGCAGAAGCUCCGGCAUACAGCCAUGGCCAGCACUGCCUCUGACCUGCAGGAGCUGGUGCCAGCCGACCCACGCAUCGCCCAGUACAGCAACGACCAGAUCGAGGAGACCUGGCAGCACUGGCAAGAGAAGGGCAAACAGACGAGUGCCAUCCUGGGGCUUGCCUACAAGCAGAAAGUGAGGCACCACCUGCCCUCCUGUCCCCCGGACCUCCAGGUGUCCUUUAGCAGCCGAGAGCAGCUACGGGUGUACAAGUCAAUGCCCUGCACAUCCCUGCUGCCCAUCAUCCAGCCUCCGGUACCUGAGCUACUGAAGGAGCAGCAGCAGAAGACCCAGGACGGGGCUGACAUGCUGGGCAAGCAGAAGAGGAACAACAAGCGUGGUGCUCAUGUACGCUUCAGCUCGAACAAAGGGGCGCGCAGGAAGUCUAUUGCUCCCAAACAGCAGACCAGGGGAGGCAGCAGCAUCGCCUAGGGAACUGAGUAGCUGUGAUUGUGGCAGUGUCCAUUGGCAGUGUCCUGUUAUUUCUCCCUGUUUCUGAAUUAACUGUUUCAAUACACAAUUUGUGUAAUUACUGUCAUGUUAUUACAUUGUUUUAAUUGGCACCAGUUUCACUGUCUACUACACAGUGGUGACAACCUUCGAGUGGACUUAGGGCUAUCAGUUAUCUCCAGUGGCAUCCUCUUUAUGACCCCAUUAACACAAAACACUGACCCCUGGAGACACAUUGUUGGGGCCAAUAAGUAAGCAUUUCACUUUAACUCCACCUGUUGUUUACAAAGCAUGUGACAAAUAAAAUGUGAUAUGCACACAUACCCACACCUGAUGAGAUGCAAGUUUAUCAAUAAAAAUACCCUUUGGCUUUGGAG